AUGCUGACGAUUCUGCUGUUGGCUUGCGUAGCAUGGGACUUCACUUAUGCCUUUGCCACCUUCGGGCCACCGAAACUGCUAGUCCAACCUCCAGAAGAGGUUUGGUAUCAACUUGAUGAGAAUCUCAGUCCGCAUGCUCGACCGACGCUGAAAUGUCAAGCAUCUGACAACGCAGAAUCAUUUGUUUGGUAUAAAAACGGUGAACAGCUGGAGAUCGGUGGAGAUAUCGAAUGGGUCCGAGCCGGACAAUCGGGCACCAUCCAGUUUUUGAAGCCGAAACGAUCUCAUGAGGGCUAUUAUCAGUGUUUCGUGUCGAAUAUUUUUGGCACAGCUGUCUCCAACAAAGUCCAUCUACGACUUGGAGAGUUGGAGCACUUCCCGCCACGACCGGUGAGGAGGAUCCAGGUGAUGGAAGGCGACUCACUGACGAUCGACUGCAAAGCCCCCAGAGGAACACCGCCACCGACAUUGUUCUGGCUCUAU